GGGAGCAGAGACACUCGUCCUCUUAGUCUGCCUGCCAGGAGAGGGAACGCACUGCUGGAGGGGAGCUCAGACGUUGGUGUUGUGUGGCGGGUGAAAAGAAAGCACCACUUUAACUCAGUAAACUCUCAAGUUUUGAGCAUCUGACAGCACAAGAUGUCCAAAGGACCAGCUGUAGGCAUUGAUCUGGGCACCACAUAUUCCUGUGUGGGCAUCUUCCAGCAUGGCAAAGUGGAGAUCAUAGCUAAUGACCAAGGAAAUAGGACCACGCCCAGCUACGUGGCCUUCACAGACACAGAGAGACUGAUUGGAGAUGCUGCCAAGAACCAAGUGGCCAUGAACCCAGCCAACACUGUAUUUGAUGCUAAGCGUCUGAUUGGUCGUAAGUUUGACGACCUUGUGGUGCAGUCAGACAUGAAGCACUGGCCCUUCAAGGUUGUGAAUGACUCGUCCAAACCCAAGGUGGAGGUGGAGUACAAGGGUGAGAUCAAGACUUUCUACCCUGAGGAGGUUUCUUCAAUGGUCCUCACCAAAAUGAAAGAGAUCUCUGAAGCUUAUCUUGGCAAGCCUGUUACCAGUGCAGUUAUCACAGUUCCUGCCUACUUCAAUGACUCCCAGCGUCAAGCCACCAAAGAUGCUGGAACCAUUUCUGGGCUUAAUGUCCUGCGCAUGAUCAAUGAGCCCACGGCUGCAGCCAUUGCUUAUGGCCUGGACAAAAAGGUUGGCGGUGAACGUAAUGUCCUCAUCUUUGACCUUGGAGGUGGUACUUUUGAUGUGUCGAUCCUGACUAUUGAGGAUGGCAUCUUCGAGGUCAAGUCCACGGCCGGUGACACUCAUUUGGGCGGUGAGGACUUUGACAACCGCAUGGUUAACCACUUCAUCGCUGAGUUCAAGCGCAAGUUCAAAAAAGAAAUCAACAACAACAAGCGCGCUGUGCGUCGUCUGCGCACAGCAUGUGAGCGUGCCAAGCGUACCCUCUCCAGCAGCACCCAGGCCAGCAUUGAGAUUGAUUCACUCUACGAAGGAGCAGAUUUCUACACUUCCAUCACCAGGGCUCGUUUUGAAGAGCUGAACGCAGACCUGUUCCGUGGAACCCUUGAGCCUGUGGAGAAGUCCCUGAGGGAUGCCAAAAUGGACAAGUCCCAGAUCCAUGACAUUGUCCUGGUCGGUGGCUCCACACGUAUCCCCAAGAUUCAAAAACUACUGCAGGACUUCUUCAAUGGCCGCGAUCUCAAUAAGAGCAUCAACCCUGAUGAGGCUGUGGCCUAUGGUGCAGCUGUGCAGGCUGCCAUCUUGGCUGGUGAUAAGUCUGAGAAUGUCCAGGACCUGCUCCUGCUAGAUGUGACACCCCUGUCCCUGGGAAUUGAGACCGCUGGAGGAGUAAUGACUGUCCUUAUCAAAAGGAACACCACCAUCCCCACCAAGCAAACCCAGACCUUUACCACCUAUUCCGAUAACCAACCUGGUGUGCUCAUUCAGGUUUAUGAAGGUGAGAGAGCCAUGACUAAGGACAAUAAUAUUCUGGGCAAGUUUGAACUCACUGGUAUUCCACCUGCACCAAGAGGGGUCCCUCAGAUUGAAGUGACCUUUGACAUUGAUGCUAAUGGCAUUCUUAAUGUGUCUGCUGUGGACAAAAGCACAGGAAAGGAGAACAAGAUCACCAUUACCAAUGACAAAGGCCGGCUGAGCAAAGAGGACAUUGAGCGCAUGGUGCAGGAGGCAGAGCAGUUCAAGGCCGAGGACGAGGUUCAGAGAGACAAGGUAACAGCCAAGAACUCCCUCGAGUCUCUGGCCUUCAACAUGAAGAGCACCGUGGAGGAUGAGAAGCUCCAAGACAAGAUCAGUCCAGAGGACAAAAAGUCCAUUGUAGACAAGUGCAACGAGGUCAUUGCCUGGCUGGACAAGAACCAGACGGCAGAGAAGGAGGAGUAUGAUCACCAGCAGAAGGAACUAGAGAAAGUGUGCAACCCCAUUAUCUCAAAGCUAUACCAAGGCGGGGGAGGGAUGCCCGGAGGGAUGCCAGGAGGAAUGCCCGGAGGAAUGCCCGGAGGAUUCCCUGGUGGAGCUGGAGGUGGCUCCUCCUCCUCCGGAGGCCCAACUAUUGAGGAGGUUGACUGAACACUGCUGACAGUGCCUUUACCUCAGAUCCCAAUAUACACUUUCUGUCUUAAAACUAUUUUCUGAAAACUAGUACACAUCCAAUAAACGUCUGGUCACAUGCUUAUCAAAUUCUUGCUCUAAUAUUUAACAAAUCUAAGAAACUAAAUUUGACCCUUGCACACACUAACAAUAUUCAUAUGUCACAUAAGACAUCAUUAAAGUCUGUUUGCUCUAUUAAUCAUCUGUCUCUCCACGGAUGAUUAGCACGACAGCUCUCAGAAAGUAAUUUCUUUUCAUCUGUAAUAUGUGUGAUCUGAACAAUAAAUCAAUAAAGAUCAUCAACGGGAUUCUGAUUUGAAA